UCUGAAACCAAAAACAGCAGAAAACAGGAACUGGCACUUCGGCAUCUCGUCAAUAGGUUAGUUCCGGAAAACGCAUAAAAACGAUAUAAAGUGUGAACAAAACAUGUAGGUAAUGUCAUAAAACUAGCAUGGAACAUAUGAAAUUAUAGAUACGUUUGAGACGUAUCACACUGCCCAUGUGAUAAAAGGGUAGAGGGUGAGUUGAGCGCCGACGGCUCAAGGACGCAAGUAGGAGUGCCCAUGUGCCAUGAAUCACUGCCAUUUUAGCAUCAGGAGAUGAGCAACGAUCUGGACUGCUUCUCAGGGCUAGGAGAGAUGACAUAAUUCGAGACACACCUCUGAGCAGAAGGUCUCCACUCCAGCCUUCAUGUGGUCUUCGAAGAUGAGUUUCCACCUAUUCACUGAGUGAAAGAUCAUCAUCCACACAUGCCGUAUGUCAAAACAAGAUAGACCGUUAAAGAUCGUAUCAUUCCUCAUUUUCUAGAGGCACCAAAUAGAAGGAGCGCAAACAGAAUUGAGAGUUGCAUGCCUUUUAUUAGCUAUCCAAAACUUAGCAACAAAGAAGUAAUCAUCUCCCACUUCAACAUCAAAAUUUGAGAAAUGGUUUGCCAAAUCUGUGUAGCUGCAAGCAAUGCACUGAAAGAAGAGAUAUGAUGCACAGUUUCCUCUACAACACAAAAGAUGCAAUCUACUGGUUUGUUAAGUUUUUUUUUUUAAAUUGUCCCUGGUCAUAAGCUUGUUAUGGGACAAGAGCCAAAGGAAAAUGUGAACUCUAGGUUGUAUAUGCAAAUUCUAAACUGCAGGAAUGUAAACAGGUGGAACACCACCGAAAUUGAUAAUAUAGGGAGGAGGUGGAAUAAACCCCCGUAUUUUCAUACUUCCAAAUCAAAGCAUCAAGAGAACCAUAAAAAGAAAUAUUAUUAGCUAUAGCUUCUAGCUCAUACCAAAGAUGCAUGAGCGCAUAAUUAAAAUUUCUUCUAAAGGUUAGUUUUAGUUGAGAGCCACCCCAUAUGUUCUGGAUAGUCAUAUUAUGUUCAUUGCACAAAAUGUAGAUGUCAAAGAAUUGGGCAGCUAAGGGCGAGGUGCCAAACUAGGUGUCUUCCCAGAAUCUAACCUUAGAACCAUCCCCAACCUACCAUCUAUAUCCAAGCUUAAUGCUUUGAACAACCCACAUGACCCCUUCCCAGAACUGGGAGACUUCAGUUGUUUUACUACAAAAAAAUAUUUGGAUUCUAGGUAUUGUACUUAGCAUCUACCAUACUUUUCCAAAGCUUCCCAUCAUCCAAACUGUAUCUUUUAAUCUAGGAGGCAAGGAGGCAGAGGUUUACAUUGGCAAGAUCAAGAAUACCUAGCCCACCAAACUCCUUCUAUUUACAGAUGAGUUUCUAGUUGGCUAGGUGUAACUUCCUCUGGCCUUCAAAGUCAUUCCAAAUACAGUUUGUCAUUUGGGAGUUGAUCAAAUCAAGAGCACAUUUAGGAAAUUUGAAAAAGGAAAGCAGAUAAAUGGGAAUGUUGGCUAGACAAGCUUUGAUAAGAAUGACCCUGGCUGCAUAAGAGGAAGGAAGCUCCCCUCUCCAAACAGAGAUCCUUUUGAGGAUUUUGUCGAUGAAAGGCUGGAUAUCCACCCUCCUAAGUUUUUUUUUUUUGAGGAAUUCCACCCUCCUAAGCUUGUCAAAAUGCAAAGUAAUUCCAAUGUAUUUAAUGGGUAAACUACCAAUAGUACACCCAAAAAUAUCAGCUAAAACAGAGAUAUCUAAUUCCUCUAAACAAAGAGGAAUGAGUUCACUUUUAUUACAAUUAAUCCGCAUUCCAGAGACUUGCUCAAAGCAAGUAAGGACCAUUUUGAGGAUGGUUGCAAAUUCAGUGUUGCAAUCAGAAAACAAGAUGGUAUCAUCUGCAUAUUGUAAACAAAUGACCCCUCUAGGUCUCAGGUCACAACCAAUGCUUUAAUAUGAUUAUUAUUAGCUGCCUUAACAAGCAUCCUAGUUAUAAUAUCUACUACUGCAUUGAAAAGGAGAGGGGGGAAAAUGAUCUCAUGUCUAAGGCCUCUACUUUAUUUUUUGAGGUAUCUAAGGCCUCUACUAGUACAAAAGAAAUCGCCAAUACUAUUGUUUUCAGCUUGAUCUAUAUCUGACAAGUAACCCCUAUGCGGUGAAACGAACUAAUUCCAUCGCCACCUUCGAUAUUUAUCUAUCUUGUGAUAUAUCUUUUCAGCUUUCUCUAUCAACUUAACUUUCCAUCUCAUUUGCCCGGUCCUUUUUUUUUUUUUUUUUUCAAUUCACGAGCACGCACCCAACGCCUAAUCAGACUAUACUAUAGUGAAAUAUGAUGCUCACGAAGAAACUCUAUUUUGUCAAAUUUGUGCUUCCUCGAAUUAUAUUUACAACCGAUUGCUGUGCUGUUAAAUGCGUUUGUGGUGACAGAUGCAUGCAUGCAGGCAGCCUCGGUCUCAUCAUGACAUUCGCGUCUUGUACUCGUGUUUGCUCCACUGUUAACAGUAGCAAAUACUAAUUUGAUUAGGGAUGCUAAGGUCUGGAUAUAUAUCAUCGAUCCAGGGAAAAGCAGGAGCUACACCUACACGUGAACAAAUCGUACGGGCAAGGGAAGCGAUACAUCCACUCGAUCGAUCAGACUGCCGGGAAGGCCAGAUGCUUAUCCAGCUACAGCCAUGAUCGCCGUCAUUCUGCUCACUCUCUGCUUCACGCCGUUCGCCGCUGCUGAUCCACUGGGGCACCUCUGCGGCGUCACCGGCGGCCGCUACACGGCGGUAAGCACCUACGGAGCCAACCUUGAACUCCUAUCCGCGGCGCUCCGCAAGAACGCCUCGUCGACACCGAUCACCCUCUUCACCAAGGGCUCCGUGGGCCUCGCCCCUGACACCGUCUACGGCGUCGCGCUCUGCCACGGCGAUGCCGCCACCAACGUCUCGGCCUGCGCCGACUGCGUGGGCUCCGCGUUCCGCGACGCGCAGGAGCUGUGCGUGCUGAUGAAGACAGCUCGUGUCCUGCGCGAGACUUGCAUCCUCAGUUACUCCAGCCAUGACUUCAUCUCUUCCGGCAGUAAUGCCCCCGAAAGUUUACUGGUGCUCAUCGGGCACGACGACAUCAAGCCCAUGUCAGGGCCUGCUCCUGAUACCCGUAACAGCGAGAACGUCAGCGGCAUCGUCGAGUCUCUGCUGGACGAGACGGCCAGGAUGGCAGCGUACACCACGGCGAGGUACGUCACCGGCCGCGUGGAAGUCAACAGCACUGGUGCCAUACCGGCAGUGAUCUACUCUUCGGCGCAGUGCAACCCGGGCAUGCCGCCGGAUGACUGCCGGAGCUGCCUCCACGGUAUCAAGAACAAGUCCAUCGGCCGGCAAGGCGCAUGGGUUGUGGCUGCGUGCUGUAAUUUCAGGUACGGGACGCAUCUGUUCUACCAGGGCCAGCCCAUGUAUGUAAGAACCACCGACUCGUCUGGCGUGGUACAAACAACAACAAGGACGACGAACACGACGGCUUCGCCACCAGCACCGGUCUUCGUGCCCACCAAGAUAUACAAGAAGCGUGAGAUGAAGAUAUUGGUCAAUGCCAUCAUUGUUCCUCUACUGGCAACAUUGUUUUGCUUCACAGUUUGCUUUGCAUUCAUGAGAGCACACAAGAAAGGUAAAGCAAACUUUCCUGAGAAGACUAACGUGAAUGUGCUCAAAGAUGAACAAGUUUGGGGGCUAGAAGGAAGUAACUCCGACUUCACCUUUUUUGACUUGUCACAAAUAUCGGAUGCUACGAAUAACUUCUUGGAUGCAAACAAAUUGGGGCAAGGUGGCUUUGGCCCCGUUUACAAGGGCCAGUUUCCUGAUGGUCGGGAAAUAGCUGUUAAGAGACUUGCUUCACAUUCAGGGCAGGGUUUCAUGGAGUUCAAGAAUGAAGUUCAACUCAUAGCCAAGCUUCAGCAUACAAACCUGGUUAGGCUCUUGGGAUGUUGCUCACAACGAGGAGAGAAAAUGGUGAUCUACGAAUAUUUGCCAAACAAAAGCUUAGACUUCUUUAUCUUUGAUGAAGCAAAACGAGUUGUACUAAACUGGAAUAAACGCCUAGCAAUAAUUGAAGGCAUAUCGCAAGGACUUCUAUAUUUGCAUAAGCUCUCUCGAUUGCGUGUUAUACAUAGAGAUCUGAAAGCAAGCAACAUUUUGUUGGACAAUGAAAUGAAUCCUAAAAUUUCAGAUUUUGGGCUUGCUAAGAUAUUCAACUCUAAUGAUGUUGAAGGGAAUACAGAAAAGAUUGCUGGGACAUAUGGGUAUAUGGCUCCUGAAUAUGCUUCUGCGGGAAUCUUCUCAAUCAAAUCUGAUGUAUUCAGCUUUGGCGUGCUAAUUCUUGAGAUAAUCAGUGGUACAAGAAACUCAGGUUUCCAACAACACGGGAAGUUCUUCAACCUUCUUAGACAUGCAUGGAAGCUAUGGAAAGAACAAAGGUGGAUUGAGCUCGUAGAUCCAUCAUUAGUUUCGGAGAUUUCUACAACAGAGGCAAUGAGAUGUGUUAACAUUGGACUUAUAUGUGUGCAAGAGAACGCUGAUGAUCGGCCCACCAUGUCAGACGUCGUGUCUAUGUUAAGCAGUGAGAGCAUUGCCUUGCCUGAACCCGACUAUCCAGCAUAUUUCCACAUACGAGUAACAGAGGAAGUGACUUCAGUUGUCCCUGGGCCAUCUAGCAUUAAUGAUAUGACAAUAUCUAUCCUAUGUGGUAGAUAAUUUCUUACUAUUCUAGAUAUUAUGAUUUCUCUAUUAUUUCUUAAAUUAAUUGAAAGUGUUCUUACUUUUA